AUGCCUACUCGAAGAUUUGACCCCGUUAAGGUUUUGAUUCCCGGCGGGUGCGCAGACGCAGAGGACGCCCUCCGCGCGGAGCGUCGCCUGCUGUGGCGAGCGCCGGAGCUGCUGCGGGACCCCGCGGCCCCCGCGCGCGGGACGCAGAAGGGGGACGUCUACUCGUUCGGCAUCAUCCUGUACGAGAUCCUGGGGAGGGACGGGCCGUGGGGCCGGACUCAUCUCACUAAUGCUGAGAUCAUCGGUCGAGUGCGUCAGCCAAUAGGAGGCGUGCUGUUCCGGCCACCACUGAGCGGAUUGGCUGCUCGUCCAUCGGUGCUGGCAGUUCUGAACGCGUGCUGGAGCGAGCGCCCAGACCGAAGGCCUGACUUGAGACUUGUAAGGCUCCGGUUGAAGGAUAUGCAUGCAGGAAUGAAGACGAACAUAUUCGACAACAUGCUCGCCAUGAUGGAAAAAUACGCUUCCAACCUGGAGGAGGUGGUGGCGCAGCGCACGGAACAGCUGGUGCAGGAGAAGCGCCGCACCGACGACCUGCUGCACCGCAUGCUGCCCAGGUGUCGCACGGAACAGCUGGUGCAGGAGAAGCGCCGCACCGACGACCUGCUGCACCGCAUGCUGCCCAGGUCAGUGGCCGAGGCUCUGAAGCGAGGAGAGCGCGUGCAGGCUGAAAGCUUCAGCUGCGUCACCGUGUACUUCAGUGACAUCGUCGGCUUCACCAAGAUGGCCGCCACUCACACGCCUAUGGAGAUAGUGGAUAUUCUGAACGACCUGUACACAUGCCUGGACGCCAUUAUUUCUUCCUACAAUGUGUAUAAGGUGGAGACAAUAGGCGACGCGUACAUGGUGGUGGGCGGGGUGGGCGAGCGCUGCGCGCGGCACGCGGCCGAGGUGGGCUCCCUCGCGCUGCACGUGCUGCAAGCCGUGCCCGGGCUGCGCAUGCGGGUGGCGCUGGCCGAGCCGCCGAGGAUACGCAUCGGCAUCCACAGCGGCAGCUGCGCAGCCGGCGUGGUGGGAAUCAAGAUGCCGCGCUACUGCCUGUUCGGGGACACGGUGAACACGGCGGCCCGCAUGGAGUCCACGGGAGAGCCUCAGCGGAUACACGUCAGUGACGACACGUACCGGCUGUUGAAGGCCCAUGGCGGGUACCAUUUUAAGGAGAGGGGGAUUAUUAAUAUUAAGGGUAAAGGCGAGAUGCGUACAUGGUGGCUGGUCAGCGAGGACCAUGAGCGUAGGACCAGCGCGAUGAACCCGUACGAGACGACCCCGGGCUCACUAGAGGAGGCGGGCAGCGAGGAACCGCUAUGGCGCUCACGCUCCACUCUCAACAUACGUGACCGCGCGCGCCUGUCCUGCGGCGGCGCCUUCGGACCAGGCUCCGCGCUGUCAUCGCCCGGGCCGCCGGCCUGCGCAUGCUUCGUCCCCCCCCGCGACCACCACUCCGCCCCCGUGGUCUCCUUCUGUGACGACUGA